AUGAAAGAAGCCAACACCACCCCAUUGGUUCCACAUCUUACUAGAGCUCUCAUUCCUCAGAAGUGUUCCAUCCCAGCAUUUGAGUGUUACGAUGAAUCCAGCGAUCCUGCAGCCCAUCUUCGGUAUUACAAUCGCAUGCUGACACGAUGGGAUCAAGAUGACGCAAUUCUCUGCAGAUACUUCCCUUCAAGUUUGAAAGGAUCAGACCUUUCUUGGUUCGAUAACCUUCCACCAAACUCCAUCGAUUCCUAUGAUCAGCUUAUUGAGAAGUUCUUAGGAACAUACAUGUACAACAAGGUUGUUAACGCAGGAAUGGACAAGUUAUUCUCAUUAGCAAUCAAUUACAAAGAGACAACCAGGGAAUAUACUGACAGGUGGCACAAGAUUUUCCAGGCAAUAGGGAAUGUAGAUCUGGUGGUCAGCAUUAACUGCUACAAGUGGGGGUUAGACAGGAUGAACACGCUAUUUGUAGAGAUUCAUGGAAGUGUUCCGACGACCGAAUGA